AUGGCGUCCACCGACGGAAUCGCCUCUACACCGCUCUCGCCCGACAUGGAAAAGUCGUCCAUCCCUUCGUCCGACAGCUACGCCAAGGCAGCUUACAAUGAUCCCUCGGCCAUCGAGCGCCUCGGCAUGGACGAGCACUCGCCCGACGGUCACGUCCAGCGCAACCUCAAGCAGAGGCAUCUCUCCAUGAUCGCCCUCGGCGGCACCAUCGGCACCGGCCUCUUUGUCGGUCUCGGCGGCUCCCUCGCCAACGCCGGUCCCGUCAGCACCCUCAUCGCCUACAUGAUCAUGGGCGUCGUCGUCUACUCCAUGAUGGUCGCACUCGGCGAAGUCAGCACGCUCCUCGCCGUCCCCGGUGGCUUCACCCACCACGCCACCCGCUUCCUCGACCCCAGUCUCGGCUUCGCCCUCGGAUGGACCUACUGGUACUCGUACGGCAUCACCAUCCCCACCGAAAUCUCGGCCUCCGCCAUCGUCAUCCAGUACUGGGACACCACCCAGUCCAUCAACCCCGCCGCCUGGAUCUCCAUCCUCCUCGUCCUCGUCAUCGGCGUCAACGCGCUCGGCGUCAAGUACUACGGCGAAACCGAGUUCUGGUUCUGCCUCAUCAAGGUGGUCGCCAUCAUCGUCCUCAUCAUCACCUCGCUCGUCAUCGACCUCGGCGGCGGCCCCCGCGGCGACCGCAUCGGAUUCCGCUACUGGAAGGAUCCCGGCCCCAUGGCCCAGCUCUUCUGGCAGCCCGACCCCGUCACCGGCAGGCCCACCGGCGGCAUCAGCGGCGCGUUCGGUCGCUUCCUCGCAUUCUGGAACGUCUUUGUCCAGUCCGCCUUCUCGUUUGCAGGUACCGAGAUCAUCGGUGUCGCCGUCGGCGAGGCAGAGAACCCGCGCAAGAACGUGCCCAAGGCCAUCAAGCGCGUCUUCUGGCGUAUCCUCCUCUUCUACGUCCUCGCCAUCUUUAUGGUCGGCCUCGUGGUCCCUUACACCGACCCUCGUCUGCUCAACGGCAGCAGUGACGCCAGCGCCUCGCCCUUUGUGCUCGCCAUCAGCAACUCGGGCAUCCGCGUGCUUCCCCACAUUGUCAACGCCGUGCUCCUCGUCACAACUUGGUCCGCUGCCAACUCGGAUCUCUACGCCUCCUCCAGAACCAUCUACGCGCUUGCGCUCGAGAACAAGGCGCCCGCUUUCCUGCGCAAGUGCACCAAGAACGGCCUCCCCGUGUGGGCGCUCGUGGUCACCUCGCUCUUCGGUCCGCUCGCCUACAUGUCGUGCGGCGCGGGCGGCGCUGAGCAGGCGUUCGAGUACCUCUACGACAUCUCGGCCAUCUCGAUCAUCAUUGCAUGGAUCAUCAUCCUGUGCACCUACGCCCGCUUCUACCACGGCCUCAAGUUCCACGGCAUCGCGCGCAACACGCUCCCCUACACUGCGCCCUUCCAGCCCUACCUCACCUACUUUGGCAUCAUCUUCCUCAGCCUCGUGCUGCUCUUCGCCGGCUUCACCGUCUUCCUCAACGGCCAGUGGAGCACGAGCAGCUUCGUCACCACCUACAUCUGCAUCCCCAUGUUUGUCGUCCUCUGGCUCGGCUGGAAGUUCUACCACAAGACCCAGUUCGUCAGCCUCUCCCAGAUGGACUUUGACACCGGUCGAAGGCAGAUCGACGAGAACGAGGAGGCGGAAAAGAUCAAGGAGUCGCAGAUCACCCGCUCCACCCUCGAACGCUUCUGGGACUGGUUGAUCACGAUCCCAUCGCACCUCGCCACCACCAUCCCCUUGGCGUUGGGGGCCAGCCGAAUCAUGUCGGUCAGGCGUCUGCUCUCCAUCAGCGACGGCCUGCCCACGUCUCGCUUUGUCCACGAAUUCUUCCUCCCCAAACGCCCAGCCCGAUUCGAAGCGCUGCUCUCCCCCACUCCGUCCACAGACAAGGUGGUCUGGCCCGCGCUCCACAAAUGGUCUUCACUCGACGCCAACGGACGAGAGACGCUCGAUGGCCUCAAGAGGCCUGACUCCGCUCAGAUCAUCGUUCCCGUCGAGAUCUCUCGCCCCAAUCUGGGAUACAACGCUGCGCCGGGACACUGGGACCGCAUCGAGAUGCCCUUGGCUCUGUUCGUAGACGCUUUCGUCCAGGGCAAGAUCCCCUGGAACAACGACGGCCAAGCCGCACAGCGCCAGCCCGUUGGCUACCUGGCACAGUUCGACCUCCUCUCAAAAGCUCCCAGCCUCGCAGCUGAAGCACCCGCCUUGCCGCACACAACCGCAGGACCCAAGGGCACCAACGAGCAAUGGCGUAGCAAUACCUGGAUCGGCCCGCCAGCCACGUAUACCCCCUUGCACCGCGACCCAUACGAAAACAUUUUCGCCCAAGUCGUCGGUCGCAAGCGCAUCCAUCUCUUCGCGCCACAUCUCGCCCCUUACCUCUACAUCAACCAGACCGGUCCACAGCGCAACACAUCCGCCAUCGCAUCAGAGCACGAUCUCCUCCAUCCCGCUCACGACCGUCCACUGCUCUCCACCGCGCUCGCUAGCGAAGACGCCUUCGUCACAGAGCUCGGCCCAGGCGAUGUGCUCUACAUCCCCAAGGGCUGGUACCAUUGUGUGCAGAGCCUGUCCAUCAGCGCCAGCGUCAAUUUUUGGUACCUCUGA